AUGGCAGAAGUAGACCUCCAAGCCAUCCACGACCACCUCUCCACUCUCGCCUACCGCGCCGGCGCCAGGAUCCUCGCCGCCAACCCUACACAAUCCGCCGCCGGAACGAAGAAGAAUUCCGCGGAUAUUGUGACCGCGACCGACCGAGCCGUGGAGGAAUUGGUGAGGGAGGAGUUGCGGGGGAGGUGGGGGGAGGGGUUUGAUUUCAUGGGCGAGGAGACCUACAAGGAAGGCGAUGUUUUGGGGGAAAGACCGACUUUUAUCGUGGAUCCGAUUGAUGGGACGACGAAUUUCGUGCAUGGGGAGGGGUAUCUCGGCCUAGCGGUAGACAGGAAACCAGUGGUGGGUGUGGUCUACAACCCCUUCACCCGCACGCUCUACAGCGCCAUCCGCGGGCAAGGCGCCUUUCUCACCUCCCCCUUCUACGACCACGCGCGUCUCCCGCUGCGGGACCCCGAGCCGUUGACGAGUCUGAGUCAGUGUCUUGUCGCGGUGGAGUGGGGGAGUGAGAGGGAGGGGAAGGAUUACGAGGUCAAGGUCGAGACUUUUAGACGGCUGGGAGCGAGUAAAAAGGACGGGGGGGCGAUGGUGCAUGGGUUGCGGAGUUUGGGGAGCGCGGAGUUGAAUUUGUGUAAAGUGGCGGAGGGGGCGGUGGAUUUGUAUUGGGAGAAUGGGUGUUAUGCAUGGGACGUCUGCGCCGGCUGGGUUAUUCUUGAGGAGGCGGGGGGAAAGAUGGUGGGGAGUAUGCCGGGGGAUUGGGAGCCGAAGGUCGAGCAGAGGCGGUACAUGGCUGUGCGGGGCGGGGAGGGGCAGAGGGGGGUGAUUGAGGAGUUUUGGGGGUGUGUGGUGGGGAGGGUGGAGGUGGGGUUUGAUGGGGUGUCGUAG